CUAAAGUCAGGCGCAGCGCGCUCCCGCGCUUACCACAGAUGUCAUCUUGAACGUGUUAUGAAAAUUAUGGUUUGCAAUGCAAAUUUGGUCACCGAAGACGAUACAAAUAAUAAUAAUAAUAUUUUGAGAUCCCAUUUUAUCCUCAACACGACGAACUUUUGGCUGGUUUUGAAGGAAACGAGCUCAUGGGUUCCGGUGACGAACUGCUUUUUCGCUGUCAGGAAAGUCGUUGGGCUCUAGCAUCUGCUGUUUAUCAUCAUCUUUACGAGAAUGCUUGGAGUAAUGUCGCCUCAAGAUCUCAUCUGCCGUUUAAUAUCACCCAGAUAACAUCAACUAACCUCGGGAAGGAUAUUUUUUCGCUACUUUCGCGGGUUUUUAAGUUGUCGUGCAAGUAGCAGACAUCAACGGAAAGGGGAAUUUGUUCGCGAAGUUUAAGAGCGCGCACCGCUUCUUUUGUCCACAUGAUCGACGACUGGAUUUCUAUGCAAUAAUCUUGAUACGUUUUUCAAUUUUAGUUUAGUCAAGUGGAUGCAAGAAGGCUGCUUUCACAGUCACAUGCCUUUAUUCAUAAACAUUUGUCGCAAAAUAAUGCGGAGAUUGUCCGAGCAACGAGCUGAGGGCUCGUUUCAUUUUUCAUGUGUUUAGACAAAAUUACCACACGCAGGUGUUGGAUUAAUGAACACGUAUGGACUGUUUAUAAGGUCGCAUUUCGCUAGAAAGGUGAACACUGGCCAUUCGUGCCCUGAACUGGCAAGAAACAUCGACAGGAGGAAAGAAAUCUGCAAACCUAGCAGGAAAAGAAGCCAUCAAAAUCACGGAACUCGCUUCGUCCUUUCCCUCCAGUCUGCUAUACAGUGUGAAAGCACCUGUAGUAUUAUUAUAAGACAUUCUUAACUACUGGAUCGCAAGUUUAUUGUUCAGAUGUGCUUAUUUUAUACUUUCCAUACAAUAUUCAUGUCGUUUUCAAAAAGCUACAAUGACAGAGCGACGGACGUUUACCUUUUUUAGAUAAAGUAUUAGGCAAGGUGCGAAUGGAUAUUGUUUUAUCGCUUUUUGAAAUGUCAAUAUUUCAGUCAUAGUUGCCUACUGUUACGCCUGCUGUGUGUAAAGGAGGUCUUUUCGCUGCUUUAAGGAAUACGUUUUAUUCCUGGAGUAUAAACUCAUGGGUGAUAUGGGAGACCCUGAGGGGUCCGCGCACCUGGAAGCGCUUUAGCAAUGGCAGUGGCCUGUCCACUUUGCUCCGCAGGUGGAGAGGAUAUCUGCGGACAUUCAUAUUAAUUUAACUGUGAAAACAACGUUUCUCCAUACAUUAUACACCGAGUUCCUUGAGAGGGCAUUGGAAGUGGAGUGGAGUGACCUCAUCUGCAGGUGGAAGGUCACCUGUACUUAACCGAAAGCACAGGCCACUGACGGGUGACACUAGAGGACAGUGUGUGUGAGGACCUCCAAACCUGAACACGGAACAAGAGCACACACAUUCACUCUGUCAAAAUGAAUGAGAGACAGGCUCUCCACUCAAUUAUGAAGGAUCUGGUGGCCCUGCAGAUGACCAGGCGCCAGCCUGCGUCAACUUACGACACGGCAAAACCAAAACCUGUCAGCACUGCCAGCUCAUCCGACAGAAAGGAUGAUGUCAGGAUUAAGUUUGAGUUCUGUGGUGAAAAAAGGAUUCUGAUGUUUGGGCGGCCUGUGCAAUUUGAGGAAAUCCAGCAGAAAGUCAAAACAUUCUUUGGUCAGCAGUUGGACUUGCAUUAUAUGAAUAAUGAGCUGUCUAUCCCCCUGCGUAGUCAGGAUGACUUGGAUAAAGCCAUUGAUCUGCUGGACCGCAGCUUAAACAUGAAGAGCAUCAAGAUCUUGCUGCUGACACAGGAACAAAGCAAUGCCUCUUCUCCAUCUCAUCACACAGUGUGUAAGCAGGUUCGUAUCAAAACUUCACAGUCCACUGGUGAUGUCAGCACUGCCUACCAGUCCUCAGAACCAAGAGGACGCCACCACUCUACCAGCUCUCAAAACACUGGGCGAAGUUCUCCGCCCCCUGGUUAUGUUCCUGAGCGUCAACAGCGAAUUGCACGUCAGGGAUCCUACACCAGCAUUAAUAGUGAGGGGGAGUUCAUACCUGAAACCAGCGAUCAGUGUGUGCUUGAUCCUUGGAGCAGUGCUGAAAACUCCGUGUCUGGCAGCUGUCAAUCCCUGGACAGCAACUCUGACAGCCCCUCACUCAGGAAGCAGCGCACACACAGGGUUAAGAGUUACUCUGACAACCGGCAAGACUGUGCAGACCGGGAAAACCACGUAUAUGAUAAGGUUGUGGGAAAGGGAGGGACGUACCCUCGGAGGUAUCACGUGUCCCUGCACCAUAAAGACCACAGUGAAGGUCGACGGACGUUUCCACGGAUCCGCCGGCCCCAAGGUAACCUAUUUACGUUGGUGCCGUCACGCCGAUCCCUGAACGGUAGUGAGGAGAGUUUGGGGAGCUGGCAGCUGGUUGAUGCACAGGCCAGACUCCGCCCACAGGACCGUGCAGUCCCUUAUAAGUCCCCUACAGCUCCAGUGACAUGGCGUAGAGGGAAAUUGCUGGGUCAGGGUGCUUUUGGGAGGGUGUAUCUAUGCUAUGAUGUAGACACAGGCAGAGAACUUGCAGCUAAACAGGUUCAUUUUGACCCUGCCAGUCCAGAGACCAGCAAGGAGGUAAGCGCACUAGAGUGUGAGAUACAGCUGUUGAAGAACCUGCACCACGAACGAAUCGUGCAGUACUACGGUUGCCUUAGAAACCACAAUGAGAAAACCCUCACCAUUUUUAUGGAAUAUAUGCCAGGGGGCUCAGUCAAAGACCAGCUGAAGGCCUAUGGGGCUUUGACAGAGAAUGUUACACGCAAGUAUACCAGACAGAUCCUGGAGGGCAUGUCCUACCUUCACAGCAACAUGAUAGUCCACAGGGACAUCAAAGGUGCCAACAUCCUACGAGAUUCAGCCGGCAAUGUGAAGCUGGGAGAUUUUGGUGCCAGUAAACGGCUUCAAACUAUUUGCAUUUCCAGCACUGGGGUGCGUUCUGUAACUGGAACACCAUACUGGAUGAGUCCAGAGGUUAUCAGUGGAGAGGGGUACGGGAGGAAGGCAGAUGUCUGGAGUCUCGGCUGCACUGUGGUGGAGAUGUUGACAGAAAAGCCUCCGUGGGCUGAAUUUGAGGCCAUGGCAGCCAUAUUUAAGAUCGCUACUCAGCCUACCAACCCCCAGCUUCCCUCUCACAUAUCUGAGCACACGCGAGACUUCCUCCGCAGCAUCUUUGUGGAGGCCAAAUACCGACCGAGCGCAGAGGAGCUGCUCAGACAUCCAUUCUCCCAGAUCUUGUGCUGAUGAGGCCCGCCAUCCAGAAGAACCAGUUCCCCUGUUGAGAACAUUUUAAGAGCUGUUCGAAGACUAAAGUCGUGAUAAGCUCAGUACAGGAUAUCAAAGGCAAUCUACACUUUCAGAGUAUGUGAACCGACAGCAACCAAUCAGCUGUUUGAGCAGGAUGAGGUCACAAAACUGGUUUGUUCUACAACAGUUUGAUGAGAUAUGAAGUCUCUGUAACAGCAGGGGGCGGUGCAGGAUUCUUAAGUGCAGUAACACUUUUAUUUCAGGAACAAAUAGAUUGACUGUGUCAUUUAACAGGAUGUGCAGAUGCAACAAAUACAAUACUGUUUGAAAUUGGACUUUAGGGUAACUGAGCCGCUUCAAACUUGACUCUUUGGAAUUUAGAAUUCCGUUCAGAAUUUAAUUCUAGCACACUACUUACUGAAUACUGCACAGUAUACACUGUAUACUGCCUACUAUUUCUUUUUAGUAGUCAGUGAAACUGUAGAUAAGCUGUUUUACAAACUGUGUAUGCUACACUGUUUGUCACAUGACCUAAUUAUGUUGAAUGUUUAAUUCAACAUGUGGCAUGCAGUUAUAAUAUUGGACAAAAAAAACAACAAAAAAAAAAAAACAGUUAUUUUGCAUCUUUAAUCAAAUUUUGUGCAAAAAUGUCAUUUAACAGCUGAUAGUACUUUUUCAGGUAGGUUAAUUUAUCACAUUGAAAGUGGAAAGUCAAGUCAGGAGCACUGCAGUAUGGGAUACAGUAUUCCAUUCAGUAAGUACUUUUAUUAAAGCACAAAAGUAAGGAUAGUAAGGUAGUAUGCUAUUUUGAACAUGGCAUCUGUUGUACAGUGCACAUUGUGGCAAAUUUAGUGGGUCAUCUGGGUAUUCAGUGCAUACAGAAAAUUAGCAAACUGUGCAUAGAGUGCAUUCUAGUAUAUACUGCAGCAAAAGUAAAAGUGGUAAGCUAGUAUGCUAUUCCGAACAUGCCUUCAUUACAUUAACCAUCAAAUGUGCCUUCUAAAGCCAACAGAGUCAAUUCCAAUAACCCUUAAAUGAGUGUGCAGACAUCAAGUAUGUCUCCUAAUAAUUAAUGUUUCAUACAGUCCACCCCAGAUUUAUAAGGUUUUACAUCAUAUUUCCUCUUCCAUACAGAAGUCACAGCACUUCUAUGACUCCAGGCACUUAGUGUUAAAGGAAAUGUUAUAGUUGUGUCUUGGUUUGUUCCUGCCUUAAUGAGUGUGCAUGAAAGGUCCUGCACAAGUCAGCCUCACUUAAGGUAUGAGGUUUGUAUUUAUGUGUCACUGGGCAUCUUUGCUUCUGAAAAGGGUUAAUCUGGUACAUUUUGAAAACUGCCAGGCUUGCUCUGAGGUAAGUUGCUCUUCACAGAAUUGCACUUCCUUGAAUAAUCAUUAGUAUUUUAGUCUGUGACAGAAUAUGGUCAUUUUUGGCUUAACGUCAAAAAGUGUUAUAAUGAUAAAGUUCUCAGACUUCAGAAAAAGUUUUGUACCAUUAUAGUGCCUUAUAUUGCACUGUGGCCUCCUCCUAGAGAGAGUGAACUAGUAAAGUACUUAAGAUGCAGCUAAUCUCACUAAUAAUAUUCCCAUGAGAAGAUUCCCAUGGUGAAAUUUUAGAUUGGGAUUCUUGUAGGUAUUUUGUUAUCAAACGGAUUAUUUUGGGUGUGGUGAGUUAUUGAGAACACGUUUGGAUGUUUUCUAUCAAACGUUUGAACAAACUAUCGAUAUUAAGAAAGUGUUGUGCCUUAAACAUCGUAUGGCAGUAUAAUGUGCUCUUUUAAAUCAGAUGCACUUUUGUUAAAUGAAUGUUAAAUUUACCAAAUUUUUAAUUUGUUACACAGAAUGUGAAGCCUUGUUCACUUUUAUUUAUAUCCCAAUGUUCAGCCUUAUAUAUAUAUGUAUGUGUAUGUGUGUGUGUGUGUGUGUGUGUGUGUGGAAAUCUAUUUUUAUAUAGUGACUCGAGCAUUUGAAAUUGAAUUAUGCUUUUAGGAACAGAAGAUGAGUCACUGUUGGUAGAAACAAAAAUAAUUGUAAAAGCAGCUGGUUUUGCAGAGACUACAACAUGAUUUUUUUUACAUGUGUUUAUUUUUGGCUGUUUAUGCUGUGCCUGACCUGUGCAAGUUAUAAUCCCUCUGUACUCUCUGCUUUUCCCCCAAGGAAAUGUCAGCGAAUUUGAUGCAAAUGGGGUUUUGGUGCAGAUUGUAAUGUUGUUGCUGUAAGUGACCAGUACCUUGAAUCAAACUUUCUAAAAUACUGUAAGUGCAUUAUUCUCAGACAUACAUGUACUCACUUGUUGCAUCUUAGGAUAGACUUGCACAGACGUUGCCUUUGUUAGGCUAUUCGGUGUCAAUAUAGGAGGAAUAAGAAAAGUGUAAAAGAAAGGUUCAAUUUUUAUGUUGAAGGGAUAGUUCUCCCAAAAAUGAAAAUUCUUUCAUCAUUGGGUGAGUAAAUGGACACAACUUUCAUUUUUCUUUUUUCUUUUUUUUUUUUUUUUUUUUUGUGAAUACAUUAUUAUAUAGAAUGUGAGUACAUGGGACUUUGCAUUUGUGUGAACUGGGAAAAGUGUGUGAAAAGGCACUAAGUUUCUUUGGGAGUGCGUUAAGAGGUAUUGCUUAAGCAAGAUGGUAGGUCGAUGCCGGGGGCAAAUUUCCACUCAGUUUGACGACUUUGUUUAGCUCAGGGUUUGAGUGACAGGUGUCCAUCACACGAGCACACCAACACUGACCACAGGACCGGUUGUCCUCUUUUUUUCCUUUCUUUUUUUUAAUUAUUAUUUAUAUAUAUAUAUAUAUAUAUAUAUAAGUAUUUUGGCCUCCUCAAAACAGUAACAAAUGGAUCGGGUGAGAUCUCAAAUAGCUGCUAGUUAUUGUUAAGGCAGCUAUGAAUCAGUAUUGUACCAAAGGUCCUGUCUCAGAGAAAUGGCACAGUAAGCAUAAUUUCAAAGAACCCUGGGAUAAGCAAAUGAAUAUGAACCAAUAGGUUAAAUAUACAAUAUAUGAUUAUGGUUAUGUAUCUUGACAUGAGACUUGCAGUGCAAAGUCCAGUGUAUCAAAUAUUUUCAAAUAAAAUAAUAU